AUGAAGCUCUGGAUGGCCAUCCUUCCACUACUCUCCGUCGUUGGCGGCGUCUUGUCCGCCUCAACCCCGGACAAGUUUGCAACAUACCAAAGCUUGUCUCGCUCAGGACCCGUUGAUCUGGAUAGCGCCUCCUAUGAAGAUCUGACAUCCGCGCCUCGCGAUUACCAUGCGGUGGUUAUCUUGACCGCCACCGACUCCCGAUUUGGAUGUCUUCUCUGCCGCGACUUCGAGUCCGAAUGGGAUCUGAUUGGCCGGAGCUGGAAUAAAGGUCCCAAGUCUGAUGAUAUGAAGGUAGUCUUCGGUACUCUUGAUUUCGACAAUGGCAAGGCCGUCUUCCAGAAGAUGAUGCUCCAAACCGCACCUGUUCUGCUUGUGUUCCCUCCGACUGUCGGUCCACAUGCAAAGGUUGAUGGAAAUCCCGUUCGGUUCGACUUCACUGGCCCGAUUACCGCUGAGCAAGUCUAUGCUUGGAUUGGACGCCACCUUCCCGAAGGCACUAAGCCAGAGAUCGUUCGCCCCAUCAACUACAUGCGCAUUGUGUCCGUGGUUACCACCCUGAUGGCCGUUGUAACCGUCUUCACGGUCCUGUCUCCCUACGUGCUCCCGAUCGUUCAGAACCGAAACCUGUGGGCUGCAAUCAGCUUGAUCGCUGUCCUGCUUUUCACCAGUGGACAGAUGUUCAACCACAUUCGCAAGGUUCCUUACGUUGCUGGCGAUGGCCGAGGUGGCAUCAGUUACUUUGCCGGAGGGUUCCAAAAUCAAUUCGGAAUGGAGACCCAGAUUGUGGCUGCUAUCUAUGCCGUUUUGUCGUUUGCCACGAUCGCACUUGCGGUCAAGGUCCCCCGCAUGGAAGAUGUCAAGGGUCAACAGCUGGCUGUCUUGAUCUGGGCGACUGUCCUCUUCGGAACCUACAGCUUCCUGCUCAGUGUUUUCAAGACCAAGAACGGUGGCUACCCAUUCUUCUUGCCUCCAUUCUAA